CCCGGCCGCAGCGCGGCGCCGGGGGGAAGCUCCCGAGCUCGCCAUUUCCCUGCAUGAGGCGGUUGGCACCACUGGAGAGACCGAAUGAGAGACUCUACAGCGGUGGGUAAUUCACUGGUCCAUAAGCGGUCUCCUUUACGUCGAAGUCAUAAGGCAUCAGCAUCCUCACCCAAACUGUCGUUACGUGAUGGACAGAAAGCCAAAAAGCCACUGUGUAAAUUUGAAGAAGGUCAGGAUGUCCUAGCUAGAUGGUCAGAUGGCUUGUUUUAUCUUGGAACUAUCAAAAAGAUAAACAAACUGAAACAGAACUGCUUCAUUAUAUUUGAGGACAGUUCCAAGUCUUGGGUUCUCUGGAAGGACAUACAAACAGGAGCCACUGAAAGUGGGGAAAUGGUCUGUACAAUAUGUCAGGAGGAGUAUUCAGAAGCACCGAAUGAAAUGGUUAUAUGUGAUAAAUGUGGGCAAGGUUAUCAUCAGCUGUGUCACACACCAAAUAUUGAUUCCAGCGUGAUAGAUUCAGAUGAUAAAUGGCUCUGUCGACAGUGUGUUUUUGCGACAACAACAAAGAGAGGUGGUGCGCUUAAGAAGGGACCAAAUGCCAAAGCACUGCAAGUCAUGAAACAGACUUUACCAUAUAAUGCAACAGACCUUGAGUGGGAUGCUGGUCAUAAAACCAACGUCCAGCAGUGUUACUGCUAUUGUGGAGGACCUGGAGACUGGUAUCUAAAGAUGUUGCAGUGCUGCAAAUGUAAGCAGUGGUUCCACGAGGCUUGUGUGCAGUGCCUCCAAAAGCCAAUGCUUUUUGGUGACAGGUUUUAUACAUUCAUUUGCUCAGUUUGCAGUUCUGGACCAGAAUACCUCAAACGUUUACCCUUGAGAUGGGUAGAUAUAGCACAUCUAUGCCUUUACAACCUAAGUGUUAUUCAUAAGAAGAAAUACUUUGAUUCGGAGCUUGAACUCAUGGCAUACAUAAAUGAAAACUGGGAUAGAUUACAUCCUGGUGAGCUGGCAGAUACACCAAAAUCUGAAAGAUAUGAGCAUGUACUGGAGGCAUUAAAUGAUUACAAGACCAUGUUUAUGUCUGGGAAAGAAAUAAAGAAAAAGAAGCAUUUGUUUGGCUUGAGAAUUCGUGUUCCUCCUGUGCCACCAAAUGCUGCUUUAAAGGCUGAGAAAGAACCAGAAGGAACUUCUCAUGAGUUCAAAAUUAAAGGCAGAAAAUCAUCUAAACCAAUCCCUGAUGUGAGGGAAUUAAGUAAUGGUAUAGAAAGAAAGGGGAAAAAAAAAUCAGUAGGUCGUCCACCUGGUCCCUAUACAAGAAAAAUGAUUCACAAAACUCCAGAGUCGUCUCCUCUGGAUACUGAACCAGUUCCAGUGAUAGAGACCCCAGCAUUGGAAUUACCCUGCUCUGUUGGGAAAUCCGAUGGAACUGCACAUUCAUCCAAUACCUCAGAUGUGGAAUCCACAGGUGCUGCCAGUAUAAAAGAAACUACCUCAUCUAGCAUAUCCAGACAUUAUAGUAGUUUAUCUGAUUCAAGAAAAAGGACUCGUACAGGAAGAACUUGGCCUGCUGCAAUACCACAUUUGAGAAGAAGAGGUCGCUUUCCACGAAAAGCACUCCAGACUCAAAAUUCAGAAAUUGUAAAAGAUGACGAGAGCAAGGAAGAUUACCAGUAUGAUGAACUCAAUACGGAGAUACUUAACAAUUUAGCAGAUCAGGAGUUACAGCUGAAUCAUCUAAAGAACUCUAUUACUAGUUAUUUUGGUGCAGCAGGUAGAAUAGCUUGUGGUGAAAAAUACCGUGUUUUGGCUCGUCGGGUGACACUUGAUGGAAAGGUGCAGUAUCUUGUGGAGUGGGAAGGAGCAACUGCAUCCUGACUGUAGGACUGAAUAUUAUGUUCACUGCACUGUCAUCUGUAAGUACAGUUCAUAAUGCAGAGCCAUGAGAGAAGUGUGUCUUUAAAUGUGUCUAAAAACAAAACAAAACCAAUUUAGCCUUAACGUGUAAUUGUUAUCAUUACAGCUCUUGUGAUAAAAGACUUAUCUUUUUAAAAUCUGAUCUGAAACUUAAAUUUUUUAAUCUGAACACUGUUAGAUUGUUUUAGGUUGGGAUAUUUUGGGUUACAAUUGCUUAAAAAUGUGCAUGGUGUUUUAAAAAAAAGAUGUUUUCUAGAGAACAUUCCAUGGAUACAGUUAUUGUGAUUUAGAGAAAUAUUAUGUAGAUAGCACAAAUCUUUGAAAUUUUUUGGUUUGUUUUCUUACCCAAAUGUUUGCAGAAAUGUAUUUCUAUUUCAAUACUUUCUAGAUUUCAUAAGUGCAGUGUAUAUAAUGCCUACUGAAGACUGUAAAAUACUAAAGUUUUCUUUCAAACAAAGUGUAAAAAAAAAAAAAAAA